AUGCGUUUGCCUACUACUAUCCAGCUUUGGCUCCCGCUGCUGUGCCUGCCUAGCCUCGCGGUGCAGCUCGAGGGAACCAGGGAGCUGAGCCUCCUCCAGAGCGAGGCCGAGACCGCGGAGGCGAGACAGAAGCUCAAGGUGAAUUCCGAGGCUGUCCAGGAGGAUCAGCACAGACCCAAAGCUGGAGCAGAGAGCAAGCGGGGGGCGAAAGCAGGAUCCAAGCCCACGCGCGAGGCCAGGCAGGCGAAAGCCAAGAGGCAACGCAAGGCGGAAGCCAAGAGGCAACGCAAGGCCAAUGUAGAGGCUGCAUCCGAGCAAAAGCAAGACCAGCAGCAGCAGACAGAGGCGGACGCCGCGGGCACACAUGGCAGCAAGGUCGAAGCGAACGUCCAGGUGGAAGCUGAAGCUGCGACGGGGGCUGAACAGGGUGUCGAAACAGAGGCAGCCUUCCAGCGCAUGGGCGAGGCGGAAGCCAAGAGGCAACGCAAGGCCAAACACAAGGGCAAGGCGGAGGCCAAGAAGCAACGCAGAAGGAAGGCAGAUGCCGGCGCAGAGGCUGAGGCGGUGACAGAAGCCGAGCAGGGUGCCGAAGCAGAGGCGGCCAGCCAGCACGUGGACAAGGCGGAAGCCAGGAGGCAACGCAAGGCCAAGCAGAGGGGAAAGGCGGAAGCCAGGAGGCAACGCAGGAGGAAGGCAGAAGCGGGCACGGAGGCCGAAGCGGAAGCGGAGAGCGAGCAGGAUGCCGGAGUCGAAGCCGAGGCGGAGGCGGAGGCGGACGCCGAGGGCAAGCAGAAGAGCGAGGCCGAAGCGAACGCCCAGGUGGAGGCCGAAGCUGGCGCGGAGGCCGAGCAGGGUGUUGAAGCGGAGGCGGCCAUCCAGCACAAGGGCAAGGCGGAAGCCAGGAGGCAACGCAAGGCCAAGCAGAGGGGCAAGGCGGAAGCCAGGAGGCAGGCAGCGGCGGGCGCGGAGGUCGAGGCGGAAGCGGAGGGUGAGCCGGAUUCUGGAGUCGAAGCUGGCGCGCAGCCCAAGGAGAGCCUGAGCCGCCUGCAGCCGGCGACGGAGUCGGCCGACACCCCCGGGCGGUCGGCGGGCGCCGCGGAGGGCGCCGCGGAGGAGGCGCCCGCGGCCAGCGAGAGAUGGUCGGGGUCGCUGAAGUUCCGGAAGGCGCAGGCGGGGCGCGCCGAGGCCGAAGGACCGAGCCGGCGAGGCGGCGGGAGACGCCCGGCAGCUGGCGUCCAAGGCUGCAGAGCGGCUGAAGAAUGGGGCCAGCGGCGACUUCGUGCCGCACUGGGUGAGGGCGCAGGAGACGGCACAGGAGGCGGACCCGCAGAAGAGGCUGGGCGACACGCCGGGGAGCCCCGAGGCGCCCGGCUGCUACGUCUGGGCGCCCACGGGGUGCCCGAACCACCUGUCGUUCGUGGCCUCCACGUGGCAGGCGCCCGCUCGCGGACUUCGGCGGCGCCAGGCAGAACGAGAGCCUCUGCAGCGACAUGCGCGGCCAGCACUUCAGGCAGUGGUGCGGUGCGGAGGACGUGCGGAUGCUCUGGAUCGCGGGAAAGACGCGGUCCUGGAGCAGCCGGAGACGUCCAUGCUGCUGAGCCAGGAGCACCCCGCAGUCCUCCGGAUGCUACGUGCAGCUGCCGCUGGGCUGCCCCCGUCACCCCACCUUCAAGGCGGAUCGCUGGACCAUCGACCCGAGCUGGGACAUCUACGAGGACGGCGGCCACGAGGCAGACCUGCGACAGACGCGGACCAAAGUUCGCGCACUGGUGCGGGGCGCAGGAGGGCCAGGUGAAGAUGCUCUUCGUUCAGGCGCCCCUCGACGCCGCGAAGCUGGCGGCGGAGCCGAGCACCAGGUCGAGCUCCGCCCUCCCGGUGGCGCCGACCGAGCCGGGGUGCUACUCUUUCGUACCCUACGGGUGCCCGCAGCACCCCCAGCGCUCCUCGUCGAGCUGGAAAAAGGACGCCUACCCGAAGGCUGGCGAGAACCAGGGCGUCUGCGAGGCUCGCGAGAAGGCGCUCAUGAAGUGGUGCGGUACGUCGGAGGUGAAGAUGCUGUUCGUGCACGACGUGCUCGCGGACGAGGGCUCCGAGGCAGAGCAGGCCGAGCAGGAGAAGUACGGCUCUCCUGUCAGCGGGCCCACCGGCGCAGGGGCCUCCGCGGAGGAGGUUGCCGCGGCGGGCGAGGCGCCCAGCGACGCGGAGGAGCCCAUGCCCGCCGCGAUGGAGGCGGCGCACCCGGAGGUGCCCGCCGAGCCGGGGUGCUACGUAUUCACGCCGCAGGGUUGCCCCCAGAACAGCCUGUUCCAGAAGGAGUCUACCACCAGGUGGGUGCGCGACGUCUACGGCGAGAAACACAUGGGCGCGGGGACCGACAGGGCUGUCUGCGAAGGUCGCGGGAAGUCCCACUACGCCCCGUGGUGCGGGACGCCGUCCGUGGAGACGGUCUUCGUCGCAGGCGCGGGAGGCGGUCCACCCGCGCCAGGCGAGCUCUGGGUGCCCGAGACUGGCGCGCCAAGCGGGACCAGGCUGGCGCAGACGAGCUCCAAGCGCACGCGCGUCCCCGAG